CCUCCAUUCUGUCCACAGUUCAGUAAGCAAUAAAGUUCAUGCUUACAUUUGAAGAAAAAUCUUGUGAUAUCUUAUUAGCUUUGAGAAACCAUAUUACAUCGCAGCUGAUCAGUGAGGGAAAAACCCUAACUAGAAAGACAAAGCGAUCUAAAAGUCGGUGGUUCUUCUUUUGCGAGUACCAGGUUCUUCGUUCUGACUCAACGGGAGGUGUAUAGCUGACCGCACGGGUCGUAUUUUACAGUUUACAAAUCAGAGCGAAUACAAAGUCGCGAUGCCCAGCACGAGGAACAGAAGUCGUGUACCUGACCAGUCAAGCAAUAAAAUCGGCGUGAGCGAUUUUGAAAAGAGAGAAUUCGUCUCGCGAGUGAAAAGAUGUAAACUUAAAACGAAAAAAACGCCUAACAACAAGAAAUUACAUGGGCAAUUCGAGGAACAGACCGAAGACACCGAGUUGAUAAUGAAAGAUAGCAAGGCAAGAGUUCCGAAAACGAAGAAAGAACAACUAACGGAAACAUUGCUUUGGCUUGAAGAAAACUAUGUAAUGUGUGAAGGUGUCUGCCUUCCACGCUGUAUUCUGUACGCUCAUUAUCUGGACUUCUGUCGAAGGCAUAGUGUCGAUGCAGCAUGUGCUGCAACGUUUGGAAAGACGAUACGACUGAAGUUUCCUCAACUAACCACAAGAAGGCUGGGAACCCGCGGUCAUUCAAAAUAUCACUACUACGGAAUAGGUAUCAAGGAAUCCUCUGCUUAUUAUCACUCGGUAUACUCAGGCAAAGGUUUAACGAGAUUUUCUGGGUCAAAAGUCAAGAAUGAGGGCUCAUUUUCAGUUCGAAAAUACUCACUCAGCUCCAAAACUGGAACACUGUUACCAGAUUUCCCAAAUCCAAGGCUACUGGAGUUACCGGAGAAAAUAUCAUUAGAAAAGGUUGAAACGUUCGUAGUUAUGUACAAGACUCACUGUCAAUGUAUACUGGACACUGCAAUUAAUGCAAAUUUUGAUGAGAUAAAAAAUUUUCUUCUCCAUUUUUGGCAAGGAAUGCCCGAUCACCUUCUGCCACUGAUGAACACAGAGGUCGUUGCUGAUGUCAUUUGUGUUUGUGACUCAAUUUUAUACAAGGUUCUCAUGGAUGUUUUGGUUCCAUCUACAAUGCAAGACGUGCCAGAAGGUCUCCUCGCUGAUAUCAGGACCUUCGCGAGACAUUUGGAGUCCUGGGUAAUAGCUGCUACAGUUGAGCUACCGGAUUAUCUUAAAAUGGGAAAAAUUCAAGCUGUGAGACGUUUUGUUCAGUCACUGAGAAGACAGACAUCUUUCCUGCAUCUUGCGCAGACCGCACGACCCGUUUUAGCAAAUCAAGAGGUUGUCGAUCACAUGGUUAAAGACGUUGAGAAGCUAGACAAUGGAAACAGUGCAAGACAAACUGUUCACACAAAGACUGAGAAGGAAUGCGAGGAUGGGUUUGAUAAUGAAUUUCUCCAAGAUUUCGUGGAACUGCUGCGGGAACAAGCUCCUUUGGAAUCUUACGUGGAAUGGCUAGAUAGACUGGUCGAGACAAAGAUUAUUAGGCCCUGCGAAGGCACUAGUGACGACUUCAAAAGCCGAGCCCAGGAGUUUCUUUUAAGAUGGUCAUUCUUGGGAGCGAGGCUGAUGCACAAUCUUACGCUGAACGCCUCGACGCACUUCGGUUCAUUUCACCUCAUCAGAAUGCUUCUUGAUGAGUAUAUGCUGCUCGUUAUUGAAACAAAAUUCUACAACGAAACGGAGGAGAAGCUACAAGAAAUGUUGGACAGGCAUCUCAAAAUGGGUGAGGGAGUCGACAAAGAAAAAUCUCCGCUUCGAGUACAAACCGUUGUGACAAAAACAAAGUUCACAGUUCCCGAUAGCGUUGUACUCAACGGAGGCAAACUGCCUCCUAAGAUUGAAGUCGAAGAACCUGAAUACACUUGUCGUCCGUCCAAUCGCAACAAGCGGACGAAGUCACGUGAUCACCUAAAUGGCGUGAAACCAAGGCCCAAGAAACUGUCCUCUCAUCGCCUGAGCGCAUGCUCUAUGAUGAGUGAACCGAUGUCGCCUGCGAUGAAUGGUUUCCCGCCCACACCGCUGGAGUCGACCGCCUUCAUUAUGCCGUCUCCUAAGGAGAAUUACUUUCCUGGUCACAAUGGAAUGCCUCAAGCGCCUGUGCUCACGCCACCUGUGUCACCAGCGGUUUCGACAGGAUUACCCAGAAACGCUCUAGGGAACAGCAACUUCUCACAAGUGACGUACACAGCCUUAGGCGAGAAAAAGCAGCCUUGGGGAUAUGCCAUACACGGCGAUGUAAACCCUUCAUCUGAGGCGAUUGACAGCCUGGUUGCGCAGCACUUCAAUAACUGCGGGCUUGGUGGAUUCGUGGCGCCAAAUCGGUACCAGGCUCCGGCGACUAACGAGAGUUGUUACAUGGCUAAUGGCUAUGAUCACAGUCAACAGUACGUUGAAAAUGGUACUGGUCAUUCAGGUCCCUCGCCAUAUCACGCGAUGAUGAAUCACGCAAACGUACCUUAUCCACAAGUAAUGCAAGGCUACUAUAUGCCAGUCACGCAACACGCAUCACGCAAUCACGUGGAGCACGUGAGCACAAGCGCAGAAGUUCCUUUGAUGGCCUGCAGUAUGGUUUACUCUGAAGCGCCAGGAAUGUUGGAUGAGGGAGUCGGGGUCGGGGAACACACGGACGAAAAUGAGGAAUACAUCAACAUGACAGUCCACAAGCUAUUUAACGGCGACUGUGAGUUGGAAAAGAUGGAUUGUGUUGAUGAACCAGGAAUACUUCCUUCUAUCAAUUCACUUCUUACAGAAGCAGCCAUUUAGAUAUCACAAAGAAACUGAAAAACUUUUUUCUUCGAAAAAAUGUACAGAAACAAAUCCAGAGGAUAUUUUGCGCGAUCUUCUUAUCACUUACGGCUUGAACAUGGCAAUUUCGAGAGUAAAUUCCAACAAUUUUAUUUGAUUAACUUUUUUCGCGCUGGAAAUUCCCUGAAAAAACUAAUCUUGGUCAUUUUGAAACAGCAUUUUUUUGGAUAAACGGACCCAAGGAGAUCACUCAAAACUUCUCAACUUUCCCUGUAAUAAUUUUAGAAAAAACGUUCAGCAUAUUUUGGAGAACAGCACGUCAUGAAGUUCUCAUCGGCAACUACAGUUGUCGAGCUCGUUCAGAUUUACUCUCAAUUAUCUAUAACCUGUCAAAAAUUCACUGAUGAUAAAUUAUGAUUCAAACGUAAUAGAGAGUCGUGUUCAGAAUCUCUAAAAUAUUCACCAAAAAUUUGCAAAAUUAUCGGCUUAAUUGUAUUUCAAUCAUUCGUUUAGGUUUCGUUUAUCCCUGUCAUAUAAUUGUUUUUGUUAUCACUACGUAUGCUAACAAGUUAGAUAGGAAAUUAGAUCAUGAUUUUAAAUUUUGAUUUUAGUGGUUAAAUGAUAUAUCACAUAUUUGAAAAUAAGAAUGAAAAUAAUUCUGAGAUGAACGAAUGAAAAUGAUUGAUAAGAAUUAGAAAUUUCAAUGAAACACAUUUUGUAAAAUAGGAAAUAUCAUGAAGCGACAUAUUUUUAUACCGUAGCUUAUUUUUGUGUAUAUUUCAUAUUUUAUAUGGCUGUAUUUUUGUAUUUUAAACACUUGUUCCUACUCCGACUUU